AUGGCGUGCAUUCCCCCCCCCCCUCCCCUCCCCACGGACCUAAAAUGCAACAGCCGCCCCAUCAUUGAAACACGCACGAUUUGUUGGAGGGCCGCCCGGGCCACCCUUGAUACAGUAUUUCGCAUAUUAAAAAAAACUGCCAAACCUCGUCUCCCCAACAAUUAUUUCCCUUCCGAAUUCUUCAAGCCCUCAAACACCCACCUCCUUCCAUCCCGUCCCACCACGCUCCCCCCCUGCACCCCUCUCCUCGCCACCCUCAAACCCAAACCCCAACCCCGCCUCUGCAACCUCGCCACGAUCCCCAUGGACGCUUCCUACCCGUCCUUCCAUUACACUCCCUUCCGCCAUCCCAAGCCACGCCCCCUUCCGCACGCCUCUCCCACAACGCCUUCGCAUCCCCUCGCGCAGGGCCUCUCUCCCUCCUGCACAGUCUUUCCGGAAACCGCCACUCCCCCGCCUGUGCCCCAGUUGCUCUACCAACCCACGCACAGGCCGCGGACAGUCUCGCCUCCGGCCGCCGCCAGACAUGACUAUUUUCGCUGGCAGAUGCAACCCAGGACCGCCGAUGUGUCGGGCCCCCACCCCGUGGCCGCUUUGCGCGAUGACUUUGAACCGCGCCAUGAUGCCGCGCUGGGCGCCUGGUAUCCCUUUGCGCACGGGCUCCACAGCCACACCGGUUUGACUGUUUUCAGGGACCAGGCAAGCAUUUCCGCCCGCGCGAGGAGGCAGGCAUGGGUUGACGCCAACGUCGUGGAGGGCAGACAGAAUUCCCCGCCGGAGACGUGCGACCAAGCUUCCCGCCCAUACCCCGAGGAGGUAGCUUUUGUGGAUGUCAUGGGCGACCUGGAGGUAGAACUGGCGGAGGGGGAGGGGGAGGAUUACGAGGUUUGGCACGAGGCCCAGAGGCAAGUUGAGGAAAGCUAUUAUGCCACCCGCCCGUGGUCAAUUCCAGGUACGGGAAGAAGCGGCCAGCCGUGCAGGGGGCGGACCAAUGGUCCAAAUGGCGGCAUUUGGGGCAAGCCAGCUAGAAGACCGGAUAGGGAUGGUGAAAUAACCGCAGAACAGGCCGCAAAUGGCAUUGAUAUGCAGGGUAUUCCAUGGGAGAACCUUCCGUUUUCCAGAGAGGACUAUCGCGCGACUAGACUCAGGGACAAUACGUCGCCUAACCUGAGGAGGGAUUCCACGGACAUGAACGAAUCGUUGCGCGAUGAGCUCAAGACAAAGCCCACGAAGGGCGCCACGUUCUAUGAGUUCUUUCGGAAUACUAGGCAGGUCAAGUGCUCCAUUGUGCACUUUCAGCUGAGGAAUCUCGCUUGGGCCACUAGUGAGCAUGAUGUGUUUGUUAUGCACGAUGCUGCUGUUGUGCACUGGGACGCAGCAUCGAGGAGAAAACGCCAGGUGCUCGACCUGAGUGGUUCUGGAAAUGCCGUAGCUAACGGCCUGGGAAUGGUUCAGAUUUCUACCAUGAUUGCGAAGGAAGACCUGGUCAUUGCGGGUGGCUUCUAUGGUGAGAUGAUUGCGAAAAACCUGAAGAACGGCACCAUCAUUCACAAUAAGCGCAUCACUUAUGACGAAAACGCCAUCACCAAUGCAAUCGAUAUCUUCGGAAGCACUAUUAUGACGAGCAACAACGAUUGCUGCGUUCGAUGCUUUGAUAUGAGUACGUUUCAGAAAAAGUCGUCCUUCGAGUUUGCCAAAGCGGUUAACCAUGCCACUAGACAACCGAAUGGCAAAAUGGUCGCUGUUGCUGGCGAUCAUCACUCGAUUCAGGUGAUUGACGGCGACAAAGGUGACAGAAUAGCUCUCUUGCGUGGGCACGAGGACUUUUCAUUUGCAACCAGCUGGCAUCCGAAUGGACGCAUGUUUGCCACUGGAUCCCAGGACAAGACUUGUCGCAUCUGGGAUGUCCGAAACAUGUCUCAGUCGUUUUGCGUUCUUGAUGCUGUGGGUGGGGCCGUACGCUCUCUCCGCUUUUCGUCCUGUGGAACCCACCUCAUGAUGGCCGAGCCGCGUGACUUUGUACACAUAUUUGACGUCAAUCGCGGAGAGUUUGAUACGUGCCAGGAAAUUGACCUUUUCGGAGAAAUCGCUGGAAUCGCGUUAACUCCGAGUGCAGAAGGUUUGUAUAUUGCCGUUAGUGAUCGGACCUACUCGAGUUUGAUCGAGUUCAAAAGACGGACGGAUUCGUUCGUGUCCGAAGUUUUAGUGUAGUACCACCAAGAAGAAUGUCAGUCGUACUAGCAUCCUUGCACAAGUUCCAACAUGCAGCUAGACCAUUGAACAGUCCCAUCUUUCUUUCGCUUAUCUAAUAAAGUUGCCAUACGUUGUCUGGA